ACCAUAGUCCAACGCCCCAAAGGAACAUAAACAAAAACAAAAUGUUCUUCAACAAGUCCCUCCUGGCCACUACUCUGGCCGUUUUCGCCUCCGGCGUUGUCGGCCAGAUCAUUGAUAUCGAAUACGGAACCAGCGAAUACGACGCCCAUCAACAGCAGGUUCAAUUGCAGGAGCUCACUGAGCUGGAUUACCCUGGCACUUACUCUUACUUCUCUACCCCUGAUAUCUGUGAUCUGUACAGCAACACCGAGGAUUACCCGGCUCUCUCGAAUAUUGGUGGUACGGGAGAGAUCCCUACGACGUACAUUGAUGCUGUCUACUGCUAUACUCAGGAAGAGGAGGAUCCUAUUUUGUAGAUGAGUUAUGCUAUGGGUCUUGAUCAUGGGAAUGGGUAUUUUGAUUGAUGAGGGUGUGUACUAUGGUGGUUAUUGGCUAUGAUAAUACUAUAUAGAUGUUGGAUGUGUUUACGUAUAUUAUGGAAGGUUAUUGUUUCAGCUAUAAGGAUUAGUCCGAGUUAGUAACUACUAGGUUCAUGUUGGGAUUGGU